AUGGCUAAGCAAGAACUUUCUCUUCUUGGGACCGACUCACGGCAUGUGGUUUUUACUGAGACCGAGAUCGGUUCGGGAAAGGCCAAAGUCUCUGGUCUCAAAGGAGGCGUCCACUUGUUGAAGUGUUUUCUCGGUAAACUCAUGAACAACCAGGCCGGGGGCAUGAUGGCAAAACUGGAGGACCCCCACUCGUCGAUUGAAUUAUUCGGAGAUAAAAAGAACAAAGACUCCUUCCGAGUCCAGCGACGGCUUCACAUCGGAGAUCCCCGGCUAAAAGAGGACAAAAUUACUGUCUCUGAGAACCAGAGCGCUGCAGUGGUCUUAUUGGACGAUCAUGUCCGGGAGAGAGAGGAAGAGUUAUGGAAGCUCUUUAAACUUGUCAACGAACUACAAGAAGGUCUCCUGGUCUGCAAGAUCUCUCGACCCCUUUCCAAGGAAUACCAGGUCAACUUUUUCGAAGUGCUUAAAACAGUGGUCAGUAACCGCGAUGACUUGAAGCAGACGUUUAAGGAGUUCUUGAGCCUGGAAGACGACUCGAUGAGAGUUCUUGAUGACUGGAAUAUAGCUGGCAGGAAAUUGAUGGACAUACUCAAGGGAGAUAUCCCAGAUACGGUUACCAGUAGUGAGAACUGGAAGUGGCUGAAAGAACUCAAAGAGCCGCGCACCUAUUCCAUCAACAAGUCCCUAGAGAACAAUCUGCAAUCGACAAGAGCUACUGCCAAUAACAAAAACUUACUCGAAGCAAUCCAGAACGUCCUGGGUUCCACGGGACAGCUAUCGGCCAAGGAUGUCAUCACUCCAUUGAACACGACCAUGAAGAAUUAUGUCACGGACAAAGACUUAUCGCAAUUGCUCGGUGAAACACCAGUUACAGCUAACGCUGACUUGUUAGAGGCGCUCAAGGCAAUACUGCCCCAUAUAGAUGCAUUGGGUGGAUUUUCGAAAGCAGCGAGGUUUUCGAAGCCCCCGAGGUCGUUAUUGGACGCGCUUGUUAAAAAGUACAAAACACUGCAAAGGCGGCCCGUUAUCAUAGUGGACGCUGAGGACCUUCGGAAGGAGGGUGUCCAGCUCAGUUAUCAUUUGUCUUGGGCAAAAACCGUGGAAGAAUUCACAGAAUUCCUUACGGGUGGUACCCCUUUUGCGGAAGACCUCAAAAAGUUCGAAGACGGAGAGAAAGCUCCGCAUCUCAUUGUGAGAUUUGGAUGUGAUGGCACCGUCCAUUACGACAAGAACAACCCCAAAGAGCUUAACCUCUACUACGCGAAUUCCAAGUUCGUGGAAGGUGAUUAUGUCCAGCAUAAGGGCGGAGAGAUGAUUGGCGAAGCCACCGCGUUCACGGCGGGGCUGGUCUCUAAAUUGGCUGAUAAUGAUAGCGGAUCCAACAUGAGCCAAGCCAUUUCACUUGGGAUGAAAGCAGCUUGCUGGCUAGUCUUCAAAGGGUUUCGACUUGACCAGCAGGCAGGAUUUAUGUACCCGGAUAUAUCCCCUAUAAGUGGCCCCGAGGAAGUCUCGCCAAGCGGCCCUUUAACUAUCGACAUUGGCGAUAGAUCAAAGUUUGAAACAGGAAGAUGGAGCAUUCUCACCAAUGGGUACAAUAGCCUAGAGGUGUCUCGCGGGGCAAUGCUCAAACUAGCAAAAAGUAUUGUUCGAAUUGGCACCGGCAAGGCCCUUAAAGACAAGCCCACAGCACAAUUUGGAAACCUCGUGACAGUUGAUAGGGAGGAAAUGGAGAAUUUUCGAGGGAUCGCUAAUCUGGUCCAGGACUAUAUGAAGACUCCUCAGACCAAACCGCUCUCGAUUGGCGUCUUUGGCUUUCCCGGAUCAGGAAAGUCUUUCGGAGUUGGGGAGGUGAUCAAAGCAGUGGCUAGUGGACAGGGUAAAGAGAUCCACAAAUUGGAGUUUAACCUGUCCCAGUUCCUUGAGUAUUCAGACCUGCUCGCUGCUUUUCAAAGUAUUAGGGACCAGACCUUUUCCAACAAAGUACCGGUGGUCAUGUUCGACGAAUUCGACUGUUCUUUUGGCGGCAAAGUACUUGGGUGGCUACAGUACUUCCUUGCCCCGAUGCAGGACGGUAGAUUUCUGGAACGCGGACAUCUUCGACCCCUCGGGUCUGCCAUUUUCAUUUUCGUCGGUGGCACAUCGCCGACCUUUGCAGAAUUUCAAGCAACAGCCCGUGAACGUGCCGCAGUGGCCGCGAAGAAGCCCGACUUUGUGAGCCGCCUCCGUGGCUCGGUUGAUAUCUGGGGACCAAAUAAGCUCAGCUCGAGAGAUGACGGUGACGAAACAUACACUGUCCGACGUGCAAUCAUUCUUCGCUCAUUACUUGAAAGGAAUAAAAGGGUGGGAGGUAGUGACUUCAACGUGGCAGAUAAGGUCCUCGACGCACUGCUAUGCGUUUCAGGAUUUCAUCAUGGCACUCGAUCCCUUGAAGCAAUUGUCAAAAUGAGUAGAAUUACACCUACCGAAGAGUUCACGGCCGCUGGCCUUCCGUCAAACGACCGCCUUUCUCUCUAUGUAGACCCGAUCGAAUUCGGAGAAUGGCUCAAGGGUUGGCGGGACAACAAUAAAAAGAAAAGAGAUGCCAUUACAAAGGCUAUUUGGGAUAUAAAUUAUGUCCAGGCUGCACGUAACUGGGAGCCUAGCGAGGAGGAAACAAAGUUGUUGAGUAAGGCGGUUGCGGAGAAUAUUUCGAUUUUCCUUGACGGCACCAAAGCGACCGACUUAACACAAUUGAAGGCAGCCGAACCCGCCCCACAGCAACAUGUCCAGCGAACUGUCGAAGAGCGAACCAGCGACCUGCGUACUAGGCUAAAUAAACCCGAGAACACGAAAUCCGAGGACGAGAAAUCUGAGCAGAAGAAAAUCCAGCAAAUAGCCAAGGGUGCCUAUGACCAGCUGAAGGCCAUCAGGUCUAACAGAAGGACAGCAGUGGAGAUGAUAAUGCCUUGGUGGUUCGUCGAGAAACAGAACGAACCUAGGAAUAGAUACUUCGUGAUAGCCGAUACUGUCUGGAUAACUCUCACAACCAGACAUGCCUGA